AUGAAUUCAAUGUCUAUGGAUAAGGACGAUGCGUCGUCUCUUCUCGCCGUUGCUACUAAUCAUCCUCUAGAACAAUUUGUUUUACUAGCAAAAGGUGCAAAGGGUUCUGCAUGCGCCGAACUCAUUAAACAAGUUCUGGAAGCACCUGGAGUUCAUGUCUUCGGAGAACUUUUAGAAAUGCCGAAUAUUAAAGAGCUUGAAACUGGACCCUAUGAAAAACAUUUUAAAACACUAAACCUCUUUGCAUAUGGAACCUACAAAGAAUUUUUGGAGAAUACAUCAGAUUAUUUAGAAUUAACUCCAGCUCAGUGUAAAAAAUUGCAACAUUUGACAAUUGCAACUUUAGCCACCCAAGAAAAAUGUAUUCCGUACAGUGUGCUAUUGAAAGAAUUAGAUAUUAAAAAUGUUAGAGAUUUAGAAGAUUUAAUUAUUGAAGCUAUUUAUGCUGAUAUAAUUCAUGGUAAAUUGGAUCAAGAAUGCAAACGUGUAGAAGUAGAUGUUGCAUUAGGCCGUGAUGCGCGCUUAGAAGAUGCAGCUGACAUUGCAGAUGUUCUUGCUGGCUGGUGUAAUGCAUGUGAAGCUGUUCUAACAUCAGUAGACCGUCAUAUUGUGAGAGCUAAUAAUCACAAACAAAGAUCAAUUAGGCAUCAGCAAGGCAUUGAUCAAGAGAUAUUAUACAUAAAGAAGACAUUGAAGGCUCAAGCAGAAAAUGAUGAAUCAGCAACAGGUGGUGGCAGUGAGUCUCACUCUGCUCCUAAAAAGAACUCGGGCAAAGGCAAAAUACCUCGCAAUUCUGCAAAGUUCUGGCAAAAAACAACAUAA